GAGGAACAAGGCAGGGCAGACAGGGUGGCUGGGCUCCCUGGUGAGAGAGCUGCUUUGUGUCCAGUCAGCCCAGGACAACGUAGCCCCACCUUCCACAGGGGCCUGAGUCUUGCCUGGGCCAGGUGUCCCAAGCAGCUGUAAGGGCUGCAGGCAUCCAUCUCCUCAGUGAGAGGCAGGUACCCUGCAGUGAUGGCCAGGCUGCUGGCCAGGACCUGCUGCUUCAAAGCUCUUUCUCAGGCUCCCAGAUGCCCCUCUGGGUUGGUGGCUGCCAGACCUUGGAGCCACGGGACUCUCACUGCUUACAUGCCUGAAGCUGUCGCCUUCCCUAGACCCAAGGACCACCAACAUUUGUACAAGGUGUCAGUGGAGCAGAGUGACAUCUUCUGGGGAACACUAGGAAGGAGCCGGCUCACCUGGAUCACCCCCUUCCACUCUGUCCAGGACUGUGACUUGUGCCAGGGCAGAGUCUCCUGGUUCCUGGGUGGGCAGCUGAAUGUGACAGUGAAUUGUCUGGACCGUCACGUCCAUGUAGCCCCAGACAAAGUGGCCUUAAUCUGGGAGAAGGAUGAACCCGGAGAGGAGGUACGGGUGACAUACAGGGAACUGCUGGAGCUAACGUGCCGCCUGGGAAAUACCUUGAAACGGCAAGGGGUGAAGCAGGGUGACAGGGUGACAAUCUACAUGCCCCCGUGCCCACUGGCAGUGGCUAGCAUGCUGGCCUGUGCCCGCAUCGGGGCUGUGCACGCUGUGGUGUUUGCUGGCUUCAGUGCAGAUUCUCUUGCUGACAGGAUCCGGGAUGCCCAAUCAGAGACGGUGAUUACAGUGAACCAGGGGCUAAGAGGUGGCAAGAUUAUUGAGCUAAAGAAGACAGUGGACCAGGCUGUGAAGCAGUGCCCUGGAGUGAAACGGGUUCUGGUUUCCAUGAGGACCACCAGCAAGGUUCCCAUGACAGCUCUAGAUGUGCCCCUGGAGGAGGAGAUGAUGAAGGAGGAGGCAUGCUGUGAGCCUGCUGUCAUGGACAGUGAAGACAUGUUGUUUCUUCUCUACACAUCAGGCAGUACUGGCAAACCCAAGGGCUUGGUUCAUUCCCAAGCUGGCUACUUGCUGUUUGCUGCUCUCACACACAAGUACGUGUUUGACUACCAGGACAGGGACAUCUUUGGCUGUGUGGCAGACAUCGGCUGGAUCACGGGACACACCUAUGUGGUCUACGGCCCCCUCUGCAAUGGUGGUACCACUGUCCUUUUUGAGAGCACUCCUGUCUAUCCUAACCCAGGCCGCUACUGGGAAACAGUAGAGAGGUUAAGAAUUAACCAGUUCUAUGGGGCGCCCACUGCCAUCCGCCUGCUCCUGAGAUACGGCGAUGAGUGGGUGAAGAAGUAUGAUCGCUCUUCUCUUAAACUGCUUGGCUCAGUGGGGGAACCCAUUAACAAGGAGGCAUGGGAAUGGUACUUCCGUGUGGUCGGUGAAACACGAUGCCCAGUAGUGGACACUUGGUGGCAAACUGAAACAGGAGGCAUCUGUAUCUCACCCCGUCCUUCUAAUCCUGGAGCUGAAAUCCUUCCAGGCAUGGCUAUGAGACCCUUUUUUGGGAUCAGCCCCUCCCUCUUGGAUGACAAGGGAAAUGUUCUUCUGGAAAAUGAUGUUUCUGGAGCUCUUUGCAUCUCACAAGCCUGGCCUGGUAUGGCACGAACCAUUUACAAUGACCACAAGCGAUUUCUGGAAACUUACCUGACUCCUUAUCCAGGAUUUUACUUCACUGGGGAUGGUGCAUAUCGUACCAGUGAGGGCUACUACCAGCUAACAGGACGGCUGGAUGACGUCAUUAACAUCAGUGGACACCGCCUGGGCACUGCUGAGGUGGAGGAUGUUGUGAAUCACCAUGUGGCAGUGGCAGAGUCUGCUGUCAUUGGCUACCCACAUGAGAUCAAGGGAGAAGGAGCCUAUGUGUUUGUUGUGCUGAAGAAGGACAGUGGCUACACACAGGAGACUCUUGCUGCUGAGCUCCAGGAGCUCAUCUCAAAGAAGAUUGCGAAGUAUGCAGCUCCAGAUUAUGUUCAGGUCACACACCGGCUUCCCAAGACACGCUCGGGUAAGAUUAUGCGUCGGGUGCUACGGAAAAUUGUGGAGGACAAGGACAGCGAGCUUGGGGACCUAACCACCCUGGAUGACCAUGAGGCUGUGCAGCAGAUCAUAGAGGGACACAAGCACCUUGUGAGGCAGCAGAAGGGCCACUAGUUCAGCUCUGCCACCAGCUACCUCAUCCUCCUCCUUCACUGCAAAAUCAGGGAAAUAUCCAGAAAAGCCAUUAAGCAAGUGGUGGCCACUGCCAGUCACUGCCUCAUCCCCAUCAGGGAAAAAGCCAAGGCGUGACCUUCGCAAGCAGACCAUAUGCCAGAGCGCCAGGCUGAACAGCAGUCAGUGUACUACUCUUCCAUCACAGAUCCUACAUGGAGUAUGUAGGAUGGCCUGUGGCACCUUCCUGGCUAUUAAGGGUAAAUACUACAGAUGUGAAGCAAAUAAAUUCAAAUCAUCUCUACA